UUUUCAGAUUCAUCAUCAACCGAUGAUGCCAACGAAUAUCUGCCAUGCUUCUUCCAUCUUCCUCCUUCUUCGUGCUCCAGCUGCCAUCUUCAGCGAGUCGUCAUCCCAUUCCAUCCUCCAUCUCCCUUAUCCUUCUCAUCUCCCUUUCUCGUCUCCCCGUCGUCGGAGGUUUUCCUCGACCCCUAACCCUAAUUUAGACGAGCCCAACCAUGUCUUGAGUUACGUGAGGACAAAUCGCAGAGCUGAUGGUGGUGGUGGUGUGUUUACGAGUGUCGGUGAUGCCCUGUGUUGCUUCGGUAAAUUGAUAAAGGCGAGCCCCUUGCCUUCCUCCAGGGGUUUCAAUCUACUGUUGGGUGCUAUAGUGAGGAUGAAGCACUACUCGACUGCCAUCCGCUUGAUUGAGCGGCUGCCUUCUUUGGGGCUCGAGGAUGAUGUUGUGUUGCUCACUAUUUGGAUGAAUUGCUUCUGCCGGUUAAGGCGGGUUGAUUUGGGUUUGUCUAUUCUGGGCAGAAUCUUCAAGCUUGGGUUUCCCAUCACUGUGGUGACGUCGAGCACCCUGAUUGAUGGUCUCUUUAUUCAGGGCAAAACUGAUCAAGCCUUGAGGUUCCUCGAUGAUAUGGGACGAAAUGGCCCCGAACCUGAUGAGACCACGUAUGCGAUAAUUGCCAAGGGGUUAUGCAGGGCAGGUAACACCGGAUUGGCGAUUGAAUUGCUGAGGGACUGGGAAGAGAGAAGCUGCAGGAUCAAUUCCUUCACGUACAACAUAGUAAUUGAUAGUCUUUGCAAGGAGGGAUUGAUCACAGAGGCCUUGAGACUCCAUGAAAGCAUGAGUAACAAAGGUAUCAAACCAAAUGUUGUUACUUAUAACUCCUUGAUCCACAGUCUGUGCAAUGUAGGCCAGAUGGAAGAUGCUCUCAUAUUGUUGAAAGAGAUGACAAGCGGAGGCAUCCAACCCGACAUAUUCACUUAUAGCGCCUUGGUUCAUUACUUGUGCAAGCUAGGCCAAUGGAAAGAUGCUACGGUCUUGAUGGAGAAGAUGAUGGAGGCAGGAAUUGAACCGGAUGUCGUUACUUAUACCUCUGUCAUUCAAGGAGUGUGCAAUUCCGGCCAAUUGAAAGAGGCCCAAAGACUGCUGAGUCAUAUGGUGCAAAGCAGAGUCAUGCCGAAUGUUCAGACCUUCAAUAUUCUGUUGGAUGCACAUUGUAAAGAGGGAAUGCUUGUAGAGGCAGAGGCCAUAAUCAACCGGAUGAUUCAAUUAGGUAAAAUGCCUAAUAGUGUCACUUAUAAUACAUUGAUGAAUGGUUAUUGUUUGCAAAAUAGGAUGGAUGAUGCUCUGGCAGUUCUUAAUUUGAUGGUUGAAAGAGGCUGCUCACCUAAUGUUGUUUGUUAUAACACGUUGAUUAAUGGGUACUGCAAAGCGAAAAGAGUUGACAAAUCAAAGAUGCUUUUCCAAGAAAUGCUUGAAAGGGGCCUGAAUCCUGACGUCACCACGUACAGCACUCUCGUAAACGGAUUUUGCCAGGUUGGGAACCUUGAAGCCGCGGCGCAGCUAAUUAACGAGAUGCAGUCUCGCGAUCUCUCUCCAAAUCAUUAUACCUGAAUGCCUUCCUCGAUGGCUUAUGCAAAAUGCAGCAGAUUGACAAGGCCUUGAUAUUGCUUCGAAAGAUGGAAGAAUCCAAAUUUGUCCCAAACAUCGUGACUUACAGUAUCCUAAUAAAUGGCAUGUGUAAUGUUGGAAAGCUCAACAAUGCUAAGGGGCUGUUUGAUUGUUUGCAUGAUUGAGGCUUGCGACCUAACAUGUGGACAUAUAACAUUCUCAUGCAUGGGUUGUGCAAAGGUGGAUGUACAGAGGAAGCAUAUCAGCUCCUAAAGGAGAUGGAAGGAAAUGGAUGCUUUCCAAAUGGGGUCAAUUAUAACACAAUAAUCCAAGGACUACUAAGAAAUAACAAAAAUACUAGAGCCGCACAACUUGUCGGUGAAAUGGUUGAAAGGGGUUUUUCUGCAAAUGUAGUGAUGAUGGAGUUGUGGGUCAAAUAUCUCGUGACAGAUGGAACUUCUUCCUUUUCUAGUAGAACUCUCCAUUGUCUCUGAGAUCUGUCCACUUUUUCAUCUGAAAUGUGAUGCAGAGUAAAUCAGAUUACUGCCAAGUUUUCUUCCAAGCAUCAUCUCACUGAGUCUCAUGUCCCAUUAAUGAAGUUGUUUUUAAUCUGGGAGACAGUUCAAUAUAUCGAACCUGCCAAGACAGCAAAUGUUUGGAGGGGUGGAAGGUGGAUUUUGAUCCUCUUAUAUCUAGGUUCGGUACGAAGUCUGUGUAUUUAACUGGUAUGUAUACUCAUCUGUUAGUGCUUCUGGUGCCUAAUGUUUUUCAAACAGGUUAAAGUCAUACAAAUGAUCAAGCAGUCUGAGGAUGAUAUUGUAUCUAAAAGAUGUUAAUAGCGAUAACUUUGCUAUGUCAUAAAGUAUAUUAUGUCAUAAAUCCCGAUUAGCCUAUUGUGUAUGUGCUUUGAGACAGAGAGAGAUCCUAGUUUUCUGAUCCUUUCAAUGUCCUAUUUACCAUAGAUACUUCGGAGAAGAUGCAUACCUUGAAGUGGAUGGUAUUUGAAUUGGUAGUGGAGAAUGUUUGGGUCGAGCGUUGUUCUCAGAUUAUCACUACAGGUCGAUUACAUAUUUGGUUUAUAUGCUCUGCUUCUUACAUGCAAAUAACAGUGAAGUUUGAGGGACAGCUUGCUGACUAAGGAACAUGGCUGCAAGCAUAUGAAAGCUGCUUGAAGUAUCUUCUCCUUUGCACUGCGAGGGAUUUUCUGAAAAGCUUCUGAUGAUGGGUGAACAUGAGCACCAUUGACAAACAUUCCCAAUGCUAGACGUCUUGAGAACAACAAUCAGCUUCAUCGCAGUCAGGCCCAGAUGAUGGGGACUUGCCUGGACCAUCUGCCUCUCGUCAUGCCCUCUACUCUUUGUUUCCUGACCCAAUCAUAGUAUCGCGCAAGCAUUUUGGAGACCAGUCUUUGGGCUAAGUUCACGAUUGUAUACCGUGGGAGACAUGAUCAAUCGAAGUCAGAAAAAAUAAUUUGAA